AUGCAAAAGGAUGAAGAAUCCAACAGGGAUUAUGAUCUCACAACUCCAAUCACCUCCACUUCGGGACUUCGUCAGGGCCUAACCUCUUAUGGAGAUGCUCACUUCUCGUUGUUCCUUCGCAAGGUAUUUAUCAAGGCACUUGGAUAUUCAGAAGAUGCGCUAUCACGCCCAAUUGUGGGAAUUAUCAACACAUUCUCUGGUUACAACCCCUGUCACGCUAAUGUACCCCAGCUCAUUGAGGCUGCUAAGCGCGGCGUGCAGCUCAAUGGAGGACUGGCUAUAGAGUUUCCUACUAUCAGUGUUGCUGAGUCAUUUUCUACUCCGACUAGCAUGUUCUUGAGGAACCUCAUGAGCAUGGAUACCGAGGAGAUGAUUCGGGCUCAGCCGUUGGAUGCGUGCAUCAUGAUCGGGGCACAGCUAAUGGGGGGCAUUUCUGCCAACAAGCCCGUUCUACCUUUGAUCACCGGCCCAAUGAUGCCUGGGAGUCACCGCGGCCAGCGUAUUGGUGCUUGUACUGACUGUCGAAACAAUUGGGCAGCAUUCAGAGCAGGCGAGAUUGACGUUGAGGAGAUCUCGGCAAUUAAUGAAGAGCUUGCUCCGACGAUAGGGACAUGUGGUGUCAUGGGCACUGCUAGCACAAUGGCUUGCGUUACUGCAGCGCUAGGUAUGAUGCCACUCAAGGGUGCAUCUGCACCGGCGGUGUCAUCAGCCAGACUGCGAAUUGCAGAAGAGACAGGCGCAAAUGCAGUUGCAAUUGCCACAUCCCAGAGGAGGCCCCAGGAGAUUUUGACGAAGGAAUCCUUUUGGAAUGCUAUCACGGUUCUCCAAGCCAUUGGCGGCUCAACGAAUGCGGUGGUUCAUUUAUUGGCCAUUGCCAAUCGGCAUCCAGAGCUUCAAGGAGUAAUCACUCUGGACACUUUUGAAGUGAUUGGACGCAAAACACCACUGCUGAUUGAUCUCAAGCCGAGUGGAGAUAACUAUAUGAACGAUUUUCACAAUGCAGGAGGCAUGAUGGCGCUCUUGCAAGUGCUUCGACCCUUGCUUCACUUAUCAGCCACGACGAUCACCGGGCAAACAUUGGGCGAGGUCUUAGAUGCCUCUCAGUCCAAGCAGCUCUCAUAUUCACAGCAGAUCAUUCGGCCAAUGUCCGGUCCCCUGUUUCCCUCGUCAUCGCUGGUCGUCCUUCGCGGCAAUCUUGCUCCAAAUGGAGCGAUUAUCAAAGCCUCGGCAUCCAAGUAUAGACAUUUGCUGUCUCAUACUGGACCCGCUGUAGUAUUCGAAAACUCAGCAGACCUAGCCAAGCGUAUCGACGAUCCUAACCUCGCCGUUACGAAGGAUAGCGUGCUUGUCCUGAAAAACAUUGGCCCAGUUGGCAACCCUGGUAUGCCCGAGGCAGGCCUCAUACCUAUUCCAAAGAAACUAGGAGAAGUAGGGGUCAAAGACAUGCUGCGUCUGUCUGAUGGUCGAAUGUCAGGAACUGCCGGUGGUACCAUCAUCCUUCAUAUCUCGCCCGAAGCCGCGCUGCCAGAUUCCCCAUUUGGUGCAGUGGAAACGGGGGACUUAAUCAUAUGCGACAUCGAGACUCGCACGCUGAAAUUAGAUGUAUCUGAUUCAGUAUUGCAGGCUCGUAUUGAAGAACGCAAACAGGUCCUUGCAGGAGAUGUGCAGACGCGAAAGCAGCGGAGAGGAUAUCGGGGGUUGUACGAGCGGUCGGUGAACCAAGCUCAGGAGGGAGCAGAUUUUGAUUUCCUGACUGCUGGAGACACUCCCGGUACAACAGUAUUGGCAUACACGCCCGACGGACGACGGAUCAUUACUGGCGGUUCGAAUUCCGCAAUUCGCAUCUAUACGGUCGGCGAAGAUGGCGAACCGAAGACAAUUGACGAGGGUGUCGACGCGCAUUUCGGUAUUGGUGCUACAAAUGGGUCCUUUAUCAUGGGCGCUGAGGACGGAACGGUCUGGCAGUAUGACAUUCUCUCUGGCAAGAUGCAGAACUUACUGGUCCGAUGCGCUUUGCCAGUGAGAGAUAUCGCGGUGACGAGAAAUGGGGAGUGGGUGGCGGUAGCAAGCGAUGAACUCACAGUCAAAAUGGUGAAAAUCGAUGACAUGACGCAAGUGAAGUACCUUCGCGAACAGUCCAAGGGAACGAAACAUGUCACUUUUGAUCCCAAUGGCCGAUAUGCGACAGUUUCCGGCACCGAUGGAAUUCUUUACAUCUACUCUCUACACGAAGAGGAACCUGAACUGGUCCGCAAACUUGACGGAGUGAUUCGACGACUGGAGCCGGAUGCUGAGGCGACAUCGCGAGCUGUGUGGCACCCCGAUGGAACUGCAUUCGCUUCUGCUGAGACAACAAGAGAUAUCUCAAUAUACUCAACUACCGGAUGGAAGAAAGAAAAGACGUUUUCUGGGGAACAUACUGGCGAUAUCACGGCAUUGAGCUGGGCCCCGAACGGAACUCUUCUGGCUUCUGCUGCUGCGGACGGACAGAUUGUGCUAUGGGAAACAAAGACGCAAAAGGUUCUGCAACGAUACGACUUUGGAAACGUUAUGAACCUUGCAUGGCACCCGACCAGGAACUCACUUUCUUUCACGACCUCAGAUGGAGAGCUUUUCAUCUACGAUAACUUUGUUCCGAAAGACCACGAAUCAUUGCUGCAGAAGCCCUUACAGGCCGCUCCUAUCUUCCCUGGGCCUCUAGGCGAGAUCUCUAGCAAUGUCCAGCGAACAACGUUGGCAGAUCGGUCUAAGGAAGCCAUUCAACGAGCUGCCAGAAGGGGAACCCCGGACUCGCUGGAUGAUAUUCUAGGCGGUGAUGAGGAGAUGGGCGAUUUUGUUGACGAUGAUGAUGGAGCUGGCUAUGCCGAGGAUGAGCUCAAUCUCUACGGAAAGCGACCAAAUGGUCAUCUCGAUGAUAUUGAUGGCCCCGUCAGCAAACGACUUCAGUCUGUCGGUAGCUUGCAGCCCUUGGCUCACCCGCCUCUCCAGCCUGGCAGCACACCAUGGGCUGGAAGCAGGAGAUAUCUCUGCCUAAACUUGACCGGUGCCGUCUGGACUGUCGACCAAGAAACGCACCAUACUGUGACUGUGGAAUUCUAUGACCGCGAGGCCCAUCGAGACUUCCACUUCACCGACCCUUACAUGUACGACAAGGCUUGCCUAAAUGACAACGGUACGCUGUUCGCCAAUAGCCCUACUGAUGGUAGCGCCGCCACUAUUUUCUAUCGACCACAUGAGACAUGGACUACGCGAGCGGACUGGCGAACUCAAUUGCCCGAAGGAGAACAAGUUCAAGCUUUGGCGCUCAGUGACUCAUACAUCGUCGCUGUAACAUCAAAGGACUAUGUCCGCGUGUACACUCUCUUUGGAACCCCUUUUAAGGUGUACAGGCAAAAGAGUCAGGCCGUGGCCUGCGCAGCUUGGCGUGACUACAUUAUGAGUAUCGGCAAUGGACCCGUUGGACCCGAUGGCCUUCACACGAGUUUACGAUUUACGGUGGAAAAUGUCAAGCGUGACGAAAUCUGCCAGAACGAAGAUACAGUGGCCCUUCCGGAAGGGGCUUCAUUGCAGAGUGUUUUCUUCUCUGACUCUGGAGAUCCUUGUAUCUAUGACUCCACUGGUGUCCUACUGGUGCUACAGCAUUGGCGCACCCCCGGGCAAGCCCGGUGGGUUCCUCUCCUUGACACAAAGCAAAUGGCACGUCUCGCAGGUGGUAAGAAAGAAGAAACAUACUGGCCCGUCGCUGUUGCACAAGACAAGUUCCACUGUAUCAUCCUUAAGGGUGGCGACAAGAACCCCUACUUCCCGCGACCACUUCUCAGCGAGUUUGACUUCCAGAUCCCUGUUUCCAGUGCUCCCCCGAAGGAUUCCAACGAAUCCGAAGAAGCAGCAGCAGAGCGUAACGAGAGCUCCCGAUUCGAGGAAACCUUUGUACGCGGAAACGUCCUCCUGUCGCUCUUCCGCGACUUGCUUUCCUCAACCAAUGCGACAGCUAGUCAGCGUUCCGAUAUGGCGCGGAGAGAGCUCGACCUGGAUAAGAACUUGCUGCAGAUGCUGGCCAUCGAAUGCAGAGAGGGCGAGGAGCGUGGAAUGAAGGCACUCGAGUUGGUGGCUAUGAUGACGGACCGCAACGGCAAGAUGCUCGAGGCAGCUGCUAAGGUUGCUCAGCGUUAUGGACGUGGUGUUCUGGAGGACAAGAUCCGCGAUCUAGCGGAGCGACGAGUCAUGGGAAUGGGUGAUGAUGAUGAUGAAUUGGCUUGA